AUGACGCCGAUGCCCAAUACUUCCCCCAGUCUACCUGCACUAGGAGAAGAGGGAGAAGACCACCACUUGGUACCAUUGCUCAGCGGCCAGCCAGACAGCGAUGGCAGCGACAUUGGCGCGCACCAACAUGCGCAGUCUUUCCCGAUUUUUAGUCAAUCAGGACGACCAACUGCAGAUAAAACCACUUUAACCACCGCGUCAGCUCUGGCUUCCUCUCUACAAACGUGCCUUCCCAUGACCUGGACCUACCUACAACCAAUCUGGCUUGUCAUUCGGCCGAGGAUGUUUUCUCCCGCACGAAAGCGAAGGAUCACCCCGACCUCGUGGCUCGAUGGCCUCCGCGGGAUGGCUGCCUUCAUCGUCGUCAUCUAUCACCAAAACCUUCUUGUCUACUUCUUCCGGAACAAAAGUUGCCAGGCAUGGAAACAAAACGACCCUCACCUCUGGCAGCUACCAAUCUUCCGGCUGGUCUGUAGUGGUGGCGCUAUGGUCGACGUCUUUUUCGUGGUCAGCGGGUAUGCGCUGAGCUACAAACCUUUGACCCUGGCAAGAAACAAAGAGUUCACCAAACUCCAUGCUUCUAUCGUCUCCAGCCUUUUCCGCAGAGGGAUUAGGCUCUAUUUGCCGGUGGUAUUCAUCACUUUUGUCAACGCGGUUCUCGUAUUUAACGAACUCCUGGUGCUCAAAGAUACCACCGCUCAAAGGACCUUUCUCUCUCAGGUCCACUGCUGGCUCAAUGACCUUAUCACCGGCAUCAACCCGUUGAAUCUCGACAGGUACCACACCGACGACAGGGUCGGCCUUCGUUAUGAACCUGUUAUGUGGACGAUCCCCUACGAGUAUCGGGCAUCCAUCGUCAUAUUCGCUGUCCUCCUGACGCUCGCCAGGGCGCGGCCUCUUUCUCGCUUCCUCGUUCUCCUCUCUUUGGUCUUGUGCGCCAUAGUGGCUGGACAAUGGGACAUGUUCCUGUUUAUCUCUGGGAGCGUGUGCUGCGAGGUCCAUCAGUACAUGGAUCGACUCAAGCCCAUGUCGGCAGCGACUUUACCGCGAGCCGAAAUGGACGAGAAGGCCACAGAUUCCCUUCGAGUGAGCACCACUGCUCGGAACGUCAUGUCGGCCUCGGUGGUGUUUUGUCUCUUGUACGCCAUCACCAUGCCCGACAGGCAUUUCGGGGUCGGCGACAUUUCCAUUCAUGGAUUCCUCUCACGCACCAUGCCCGCUUCGUGGAACAAUCUUCCCGACACGGGGCGCUUCAGCACCUGCGUGACCGCGGUGCUCCUGGUCCUUUUCCUGGGCCAGUCUCGCCUGUGCCGCCGAGCAUUGUCGUCGCGCUUCCCACAAUACCUGGGAGACAUCUCGUUCGCCAUCUACCUCAUCCACUUCUCCCUCAUCAAGACCAUGGGAUUGCCCCUGCUGAACGCCAUACGGUCGUUCCGCGGCAGUGCCGCCCCGCAAACACCCCUUGACUCUGGGCUGGGCGGAUGGAUUGUCCUCUUUGUCUACAGCCUCAUAGCCCUGCCGACGCUGUUCUGGCUCGGCGACUUGACCGAGCGGUACAUUGACAAGAAGAGCGUCGCUCUGGCGCGAUGGGCCGAGACGAAAGUGCUUGAAUGA